UUUUUUAAGUCAAACAUUAGUACUUGAAAAAGGGAAAUUAAAAUGGUACGAGGCCGGAGGAGAAAUCAAAUGCCGCGGGACCGGGUGAUCCAACGUGUGAACGAAAAACUGUUUGCGCAACGCUUCCAAAAAGUCUACCAAACCGCUAGUAAUUAAAAAAAAAAAGAACCUCACGAUCGCGCCACCAAUUAAAAAACCUCUCCCUCCGGCAAUCGAAUUCUAAAGAGAGAAAAAUUCAAACCAAACCAGUCUCACCCUGCAAAAGGGAGGGUAGCCAAACAGAACCUAACCAAACCAUUGGGUUAUGGCGGGUUUUAGGGUUUUGUGAGCACCGCACACAGCCUCCAUGGAAAUGCCCGCCAGAAGAUCCAACUACUCCCUCCUCAACCAAACUUCCGACCACCACUCGCCGACGUUGUUGGGUUCCUCUUCUGGCGACGGUAACAACAACAACAGCAAGCUGGAGAGAGCCUCUGAUUGGGACUCCGUCGAUCACAGACAGGUGAAUCGGAUCGGGAAUUUGUACUCCUCGAUCGGGUUGCAGCGCCAGUCCAGUGAGAGCAGUUUCGGCGGGAGCUCGCUCUCCGGCGAGCUUUACGCGCCGACUCUGUCGACCGCCGCCGCCAGUGAGAUCGACGUCUUCGGCUUAGACGGAUUCAAAUUCGGCGAAGCCAGAGGCAGGUUUCCGGACGCUGCGGCGGCGAUGAGCGGCGGGUCCUCUAGCAAGAGCUGGGCGCAGCAGACGGAGGAGAGUUAUCAGUUGCAGCUUGCAUUGGCUCUUCGGCUUUCCUCGGAUGCCACGUGUGCUGAUGAUCCCAAUUUUCUGGAUCCCGUGCCCGGUGAAUCCGCUUCGAGGUUCUCUUCGUCGUGUUCCGCAGAGGCAGUGUCGCAUAGGUUUUGGGUGAAUGGCUGCCUAUUAUACUUCGACAAAAUUCCUGAUGGCUUUUAUCUAAUCCAUGGGAUGGAUCCCUAUGUAUGGACUGUGUGCACUGAUCUGCAGGAAAAUGGUCGAAUUCCUUCAAUUGAGACACUAAAAUCUCUAGAUCCCUCUUGUGAUUCUUCACUUGAAGUAGUUUUGGUGGAUAGACGCAGUGAUCCUAUCUUAAAAGAACUGCAAAACAAGGUACAUGACAUCCCUUGUCGCUGCAUAGCAACAACAGAUGUUGUAGACCAGCUUGCGAAGCUGGUUUGCAAUUGUAUGGGGGGUUCAGCUUCUGUAUGGGAAGAUGACCUUUAUCCCAUAUGGAGGGAGCGCAUUAAUGAUCUAAGAGAUUGCUUAGGAUCUGUUGUUGUUCCAAUUGGCAGUCUAUCUACUGGACUUUGCAGGCAUCGUGCUGUAUUAUUCAAAGUACUAGCUGACACCAUUGAUUUACCAUGUCGCAUUGCAAAGGGCUGUAAAUAUUGUUCAAGAGAUGAUGCCUCCUCAUGUCUUGUUAGAUUUGGGCUUGAUAGGGAAUACAUGGUUGAUCUAAUUGGGAAGCCAGGUUGCUUAUGCGAGCCUGAUUCCUUGCUCAAUGGUCCAUCUUCCAUCUCAUUUUCUUCACCCUUGCGCUUUUCAAGACUUAAACCAGCAGAACCUACCAUUGAUUUCAGGUCACUGGCCAAACAAUAUUUCUCGGAUUGUAUGUCUGCCAAGCUUGUCUUUGAUAGUGUUCCUGCAGAACAGUAUGAAAGGCAGCACAGGGACCAGAACCCUGGACCAAUUCCAGUUGAUAACAGAAGUUCUCUUGUUCCUUUGCAUCCACAAGCUUAUCAUUCAAGCACACAUGAUCGAGGAUCUGAAACAUAUAGAGCAGGUAACCCUCCUCAGAAAUUUGUGGUUCCAACAAUUACAGCCAAGGAUUCAUUGCCUUCAAAACAAAACCGCCCUGGUCAUAGAGAUACACAAACCCGGCUACUGAUUCCUAGAAAACCAACUAGAGAGUUUGCCCUUGAUAUGGAGGAUUUGGACAUACCAUGGACUGAUCUUGUUUUAAAAGGGAGAAUAGGAUCAGGUUCUUUUGGAACUGUACAUCAUGCUGAGUGGAAUGGCUCGGAGGUUGCUGUGAAAAUUCUGAUGGAACAAGACUUCAAAGGUGAACGCUUCAAAGAAUUCCUAAGGGAGGUUGCAAUAAUGAAAGGCUUACGGCAUCCUAACAUCGUUUUAUUGAUGGGUGCAGUCACUAAGCCUCCUAAUUUAUCAAUUGUCACAGAAUAUUUGUCAAGGGGUAGCUUGUAUAGGCUGUUGCAUAAACCGGGCGCCACAGAGAUGUUGGAUGAGAGACGUAGGCUAAGUAUGGCGUAUGAUGUGGCUAAGGGGAUGAAUUAUCUUCAUAAACGCAAUCCUCCCAUUGUGCAUAGAGAUCUGAAAUCUCCAAACCUUCUUGUUGACAGGAAAUAUACAGUGAAGGUUGGUGAUUUUGGGCUUUCUAGACUAAAGGCAAACACAUUUCUCUCAUCCAAGUCAGCUGCUGGGACUCCUGAAUGGAUGGCUCCAGAAGUUCUUCGUGAUGAGCCAUCCAAUGAGAAGUCAGAUGUUUACAGCUUUGGUGUCAUCUUGUGGGAGCUUGCAACACUGCAACAGCCUUGGAGUAAUUUGAAUCCACCACAGGUUGUGGCGGCUGUUGGCUUUAAGGGAAAAAGACUUGAGAUACCACGUGAUUUAAAUCCUCAAUUAGCCUCAGUAAUUGAGGCUUGCUGGGCCAAUGAACCCUGGAAACGCCCUUCUUUUUCAAGUAUUAUGGAUUCUUUGAAAGUAUUACUCAAACCCCCUGCACCUCAACCUGGUCAUCCAAACAUGGCAUUACUACCUGAAUAGUUUGAUUCAUGGUUGUUAUUCAUGCACAUACUACAGAAUUUUAUUAGUUUUGAUGUCCGGAAUACACUGUUUCAAUAGUCCAAGAGGCACAGCUGUACAUUCCAGGAUACUUCAUAUUUAUUCCAACAGAAUAUUGUUCGGUUAGGUUAUCUUAUAAUUUUGUGAAUUGAUGUAUAUUUUUUCUAUCCAUAAUUUUGUAUGUAAAAUUAUUAUCAAUGUAAUUGUAAUUAUAAUCAGUUAAUGGUAAGCAACUUUAACGGC